CUAUGCGUGUAACUAUAUUGACAGCUGGACAUAGCAAGGUUUAGCAAUGUAAAGACACUCCACUCCGCUAGGUGGCGGUAGUGGUUGUUCCGCCCACUGGAUCACCUGAUCACCGUGUGUUGUCCUCUGCAAGCAGGAGAAUGCGUUUCCGAUUCUGUGGAGAUUUGGACUGCCCAGAUUGGGUGCUGGCAGAAAUCAGCACUUUAGCCAAAUUGUCCUCUGUGAAGAUGAAGCUACUGUGUGUCCAGGUUCUGAAAGACCUUCUGGGAGAAGGGAUUGAUUACGACAAGGUGACAAAGCUGACUUCAGAUGCCAAGUUUGACAUUGGUGAUAUUAAGGCCAGUGUUGCUGUUCUGAGUUUUAUCCUCUCCAGUGCUGCCAAGCAUAAUGUUGACAGUGAGUCCUUGUCUAGUGAACUCCAGCAGCUUGGGCUGCCUAAAGAGCACACCACAGGACUGUGCAAGUCAUACGAGGACAAGCAGACCAUGCUGCAAGAGAAGCUGAGGGAGAGCAGCCUUCGACUGAGCCGGCUGGAGUCUGUCUCAUGGCGAGUGGAUUACACUCUGAGCUCCAGUGAGCUCCGGGAGGUGAAUGAGCCCACAGUGCUGCUGCGUUUCCAGGUUAAUGGACCCGACCCGGCUUCAAAGGAGCCCAUCGUCGUUUCUCUCACUGCUGAGAAGUUUCGAGUUCUACUGACAGAGCUCAAACAAGCACAAGUCAUGAUGAAUGCACUGAACUGAAGAAUUCCCAUGUUAAGAUGUUCCCAUUUUUUAUACAUGUAAAUGAACUUUGAAUACUCUGGUGUCUGCUGUUGGAAAGAUGAAAGAUGAAUCUGUCUAGCUCUAACAA